UAUAUAUAAGGCACUGCUAGUCGUCGUAAAAUCAUCAUCGACUCCCAGCUUCAGCAGUUGAAACAUCCCCAGCUCUCCUUCUUCUCAGCGAAUCAAUAUGAAGUCCUUUGUUGCCCUUUCCGCCUUGGUCUUGGCCGUUUGCGUCGUGAGUAGCCAGGGCAAGUCUUUCGGCAACAAGAACGUCAACAAGAAUGUCAACGACAAUUCCAAUAGCGAUUUCGAUUUCCUGUCCAGUUUUCUCGACUCCAUGUUGAGCCAGCAGGAAAAGAAAGGCAAAGCGGCCAAAGCGGCUAAAGCUGUGCCAUCUGUGCCUAAUAUUGCAUCAAAAUCUGCAGUUACAACAUCAACGGCCACCACUGAUGAAUCACCAGCAUCAGUUAUUGCUGUCGCUAUAAGCCGUUCUCUACCCGACACCACCACCACAGCCCAGCAGCAGCAAGAAGAUCAACAAUCUUUCGAAGUUGAAAUAGGACUAGCCGACGACGAAUUUGUCGGUGAUAUCUCGGCUUUUGAUGAUUCAGAACAGGAAGAAUCAGCUUUUUCGGCUGCUCAGCUGAAAUUCUUUCAAUCCUUGAUGGGGGCUUGAAAAGAUUCCUGCAACCCAAGCAACAACAGCAUGGGCGGACUUGAGAAACCCUUGUCCUAAUUCCAUCAACCGAAAUAUGGCAUUCACCUUGUUAUACACAAUGACUGUAGUUCUUAAUGGAUCAAAUAAAAUCAUAUUCUAGCAA